AUGCUAGCCAGAAGGUCUGUUUUGGGACAGUCCAGCUUUGUCUGUCGGAGCUGUGUCCGCCAAUACCAGUCCCAGAUCCGCCGGGCGUCCACUGCCGCUCAAGACAACAUUUACGAUGUCGUCUGUGUUGGAGGCGGCCCAGCGGGCCUGAGUCUCCUCACAGCUCUUCGGGCCAAUCCCGUCACCGCCGGCCUGCGAGUCGCCCUCGUCGAAGCCCAGGAUCUCUCCAAGGUCUCGUCGUUCUCGCUCCCUCCCACCCAAUUCUCCAACCGAUGCAGCUCCCUCACCCCUUCCUCGGCCCGAUACCUCGACACUAUAGGCGCAUGGCAGCACAUGAAGCGCGAGCGUAUCCAGGAUUAUCAGGAAAUGCAGGUGUGGGAUGGAGUGACGGGUGCCCGCAUCGAGUUCGACUGGCCUCCGGGCUCCGCCGCUGACAAGACGAUCGCUUACAUGGCCGAGAACCUCAAUCUUACGUCUGGACUUCUCAAGAGGCUCCAUGAGCUUGGCGGAGUGGACAUUUUCGACAAGACCAAGGUGGAGAAUAUUGAUCUGGGCAAGGAGACUGAAGAGGUUGAUCUGAGCGAGUGGCCGAUCGUCCAGCUUUCAGGUGGUCAUUCCCUAGCGGCACGUCUUCUUAUCGGCGCAGACGGAGCCAACAGCCCCGUGCGUACCUUUGCUGGUAUUAACAGCCGCGGCUGGGACUAUGGUAGACACGGCGUUGUGGCAACCCUCGAGCUGGAGGGUGACGGAUGGGGCGGCGAGUUCAGCAAGAUUGCCUACCAACGCUUCCUACCUACGGGUCCCGUUGCGAUGCUGCCCCUUCCUGGUAACCAUGCUUCGCUGGUCUGGUCUACCACGCCAGAGAAGGCUGCCCUUCUCAAGAGCCUCUCCCCCAAGGACUUUAUCGCCAUGGUCAAUGCCGCUUUCCGCCUCAGCCCUGUCGACAUUGGCUUCAUGCACACCCAAGCAGAUGGCCAGGCGGAGGAGUUCUCAUGGCGCAUGGAGCACACAACCAUUGAUGCCGAGUCGAUCCCUCAAGCCGUCGUUGGCGUUCAGGAGGGCACCGUCGCAUCUUUCCCCCUCAAGCUGCGUCAUGCCGACACUUAUACCGGCGAACGCGUUGCCCUCGUUGGCGAUGCGGCGCACACCAUUCACCCCCUCGCUGGCCAGGGCCUGAACCAGGGUCAGGGUGAUGUUCAGAGCCUGGCCAAGACCAUCGAGUACGCCGUGUCUCACGGUCAGGACUUGGGUACGCAGCUGUCUCUUGAGUCGUACAACAGUGAGCGCUAUGCUGCCAACCACGUCAUCCUCGGCGUUUGUGACAAGCUCCACAGGCUCUACUCUGUGGAGAGCGGUCCUCUGGUUCCGUUGCGCUCAGUUGGUCUCAGGGCUGUCAAUGCCUUUGGACCCCUGAAGAAUUUCUUCAUGCAGCAGGCUUCAGGCACCGGCAUCAAGCUGCUGUAG